CCACCCUGGCCACAACUCUGUCACGUUUUCCCAGCCACGUCCGUCUUCGUUGGCUAACCACAGACAGUUCAACAGUCUUUCCCCCAAGCACAGCACUUGACAAACACUGCAGCACCGGUCGACAACCAUCGAUUUGUUCGCCGAAAUUGAUUUGCCUACGGUUUUCGAUUUUUUGAGUGGGGGCGCGUGUCAAGACGGAGGAGGGCCACAGCCAUGAAGAACAAGGCGGCAGGGACGAUGAAGAUCUUGCCUCUCGUGCUACUUGCCCUCGCCGGAACCUUGGCCUCGGCUGGCUCGGCUGUCAGCGAUCACAACGAGGGAAACUUGGAACUUCUCGCCAACGAUGAAACGACCAACACAAACUGGCGCCGCCUCCAGGCCGAAGUUCCGACGUGCGACGGCGGCAUUGUCGGCAUCCAGUCGAGUGACGUAUGCUGCUCCUUGAGCUGCGGGUCGUGCGGAGGCACCGGUUGCACUGGCAGGGACGGUGGAGCCGACGCCUGCUGUGGCGGAGGGGUCAGGAGCUCCGGUCGCUUUUGCUCUGUUACGGGAGAAGCGCCCUGCAUUACCGGCCCGGCCCCCACGCCGGAACCUACGCCGGCCCCCACGCAGCCCCCUACAGAUGAAGGUGCAGUUCCGAUGUGCGACGGCGGAAUUGUCGGCAUCCAGUCGAGUGAUGUAUGCUGCACCUCAAGCUGCGGAUCUUGCGGAGGUAGCGGGUGCACUGGCAGGGACGGUGGGGAAGACGCCUGCUGUGGCGGAGGAGUCAGGGCCUCCGGUCGCUACUGCUCUGUUACGGGAGAAGCUCCCUGCAUGACCGGCCCUGCACCCACGCCGGAACCUACGCCGGCCCCUACGCCGCCCCCUACGGAAGAAGUCCCGAUGUGCGACGGCGGAAUCGUCGGCAUCCAGUCGAGCGACGUAUGCUGUUCCUUGAGCUGCGGGUCUUGCGGAGGUACCGGGUGCACUGUCAGGGACGGCGGGGCAGACGCCUGCUGUGGUGGAGGAGUCAGGGCCUCCGGUCGCGACUGCUCUGUUACGGGAGAAGCACCCUGCGUUGUGACCAGCGGGGUUCCGCCGACGCCUGUGCCAUCGUCAGGGGCGACUCCCACACCAGUGACUGUCACGGUCUCUUACGACACCGUGUGUAAAAUGUCGCUGACGGAAGCGACUACAGUACCAACAACUCUCGGUGGGUCGUCGUUGACGGUGACAUCGUCUCCAUGCGAGUUCGACCUCUCCACUAUCUUCGACAUCUUUGCUUUCGGCGAAGACGAGCUCUUGGAGACCGUGGCCGGAACCGUCAUCGAUGCUACUACCGCAAAGUUCACCUUACCGGCGUUGCCCACGGAUACCACAACUGUGACGGUGGUGGCUGGUUCUACUGCCGGGGAGAUAAUUGUUGGCGAUAUCACGCUGUUUGACCUCGCCAGCCUCUUGGAGUCCCCUCUCGCCAGCUUGAGCGAUACCGACGGUGCCGUGCGCUCGUCGGUAAUCACGGACCCUCCCUCCGAUCUCCAGCUGGACUGGGACGCGGCGUCUAUUUCGGCUGAUUCCGUCGAGAUCGUGUUGGCGGACAGCGAAACCUUUGAAGAUAUCGCUGUUUUGGACGAGGUGCCCAACACCGGUUCGUACCUCAUCCCGUUCACUUCGUUGGAAGAAUUCGACCUUGACGACAGCUUCGUCUUCUUCAAGAUCGUCGGCAGCACCGCGAGCCUAAGACGUCGUCUCCAGGACAGUGGGAUCGACCCGAUCGUUUUCCCCGAGAUCGUGACCACGGGUCAACUGGAAUGGAUCGAAGACCUUGAAGGUAACGAUUCCAGCACGACCCUGUGCGGAACGGCGUUCGCCGACGACUACUCGAGGUGCCAGUGCUUUUUCGCAGCGGAGAAAGUCAAGGAAGGCCGCGGUGUGCAGCUCGAUAUGUUCGACGAGGAAUACCGCUGCCCUUCGACUAUUGCCUGCAUCUUGAAAGCACCGCCAGGUCUCAUCACGUCAAGAAAAGCAGGUUACAGCUACGAAGACCUGAGAUCGUCCAACUUGAUCAGCGGGUGGAAAAACGACCUGGCGUGCCCCUUCGGCAGCUGCGAGUUUGACUCCGCUGGAGACGACCGUAAUCUCUUGUCGUGUCAACAAGAUGCCUUUACGGCAUGGGUUUGGGACAAAACUUUCGGAAAAAUAUUUUCCCCGGCGUGCGAGCUUCACCCCAACGCGGAGUUCUGUGUGCGUUCAGACGAGGCCACGAGUGGUGGCAUAAACAACGGCAUCGGCAACCAGUGCUGCUACGACGCAGCGGGAAACAUACGGGUGGACGCAGUUGAUGGCGGGGGCACCGUCGACAGACAUGAAUCCGAACUCGGUUCGUUGGAUGACCACGCGAGAGAGGACACGUUGCCGUUUGAUUGGUGCUGUGGUGGCGGGACAUCGAUCGAUUUCUGGCUGUGUCAGCUGUACUUGGAAAUGAGACCCGUAGACGCCGGCGACGGGUACAUCACAACGCUGCCCACUUGUUCGGCGGCACCAGCGGGCGGUGACACCGUGACCUUGACCCUACCAUUUUCGGUGGAAGUGCCAGACCUAUCCGAAUCAAGCGUGGACUUCGGCCUCCUCGUCGAUGUGUCCGGCAGCUACGGGGACGAUAUCGAGAAUCUUAAAACCUUGGCUGCGGAUCUGGUGGAAGCAUUGUCAACGGACACGGCCGGAGUGGACGUCGUUGACAAUCGGCUGGCGCUCGGCAGCUUCUCUGACUUCCCCUCCUCUGAUACAUCCCCCGAUUCUGCAUACACGGAGCUGAAGCCGUUCGGAAACUGCGGCGAAGGAACGGAAGAGGAAGUUUCUGCCUGCUUUGAAGCAGAGCGCUCAAGCUUCGUUGACGCCGUCAAUUCUCUCGUUUUAGAAGGUGGUGGCGAUGAGCCGGAGAGCCAAACCGUUGCGCUCGUCAGCGCGGCCGACGGAUGGACCUGGCGGGACGCCGCCCUCAAGAUCCUGGCCAUCACGACCGACGCGAGCUUCCAUGUACCUGGCGAUGGCAGCGCGGAAUCAUACUUUUCCCUCGACGAUGUUAUCUCGGCCUGCUUGGCGAAGAACAUCAAGAUUCUUGCUCUCAAGGCUCCUGGUGCGGGCGAAGAGAUGGACACAAUUGCAACGGAGACCGGUGGAGUCGUGGAGACGACUACGAGCAACUCUUCGGACAUCUUGGAGAAGAUACUGGUGGGGAUCGAGGCGGUCACGUACAACAAGGUCGAUAUCGAAUGGGCCUGCAGGGAUUCGGACUUUGAACUGAACGCCUGGGAGCACACGCAAUCCCCCAGCGAGGGUUAUGAGGACGUCGAAGGCGGUGCGGAGCUGGACUUUUCCGUGACUGUGUCCGUGCCUGCCGGUGUCACCGCCGGCAAGCGAUGCGUUGCUCUUGUGGUGGCCGAUGAGGUGCUCAUCGGCGGUCAAGAGUUUAUUGCCAACGCAGACGGAACCAUCACCGCCACGGAUAUCGCAGCUCCCUAGUACGGUAGUAACAUGGACGAUAUUCGCCUUACCUGGUGAAGUCUGUUUGGAGACGUUUGAAUAAGAAAGUACAUUACGUAGACAAGUGCGAUCGGUCGCGAUUGUCCUUGGGUGCCCGAGGCGAUUUUUUCGGAACUGUGUUCAUCAAGGGUAUCAAAGAAGUUCUUAAGGUGGAGCUAAGAGUGUUACUGAUGGCGGCAAAGCUUACUUGGGCCCCCCCAGGACUGAAACCUAAGCCAUGAGCUGAACAGGUCGCGGUCUUGAUAAGAUUACCGUACAUAGUCCUUGAACUGGGGCUGCUCAGUCAGGUGGGCGGGUGGUGGAGGCCUUGGUGUCAAGAGUGAUUGACCGAGAGAGCACCGGCACCGGGACUCGGAACGAUCGACAUCACUGGAGGAACGUACCGUAGAGGAAAAAGCUGCUUUAACGUGCGAAAAUCGCAGGGGAACCGCUACAAACAGUUAGUGCAGGACGGGUUGAACAGACAUUUUCCUGUUCCCAGAACAUCUCCGGCCGGGCACUCACGCCGCCUCCAAUUCUCUGACGUUGUUUGUUCGGAUGGGGCAUUCUCUUGUUUUGCUAUUUAAUGUUUUUGCCGAAUUCACUCGUUUCCCGGUCAGGCGCUUUUAUCUGAUAUUCCUACGUUUAGAUGAUUUUUCCGUUCGUUUCGGUUUUGGGUGUCCGUCGUUUCCAUCAUUUCACUUCCUGAGAGUGCCUGUGAUAAUACGGGAGGACGGCGUCCGCGUCAGUUGGGCCAGUACGAACAAAGACAUUGAAGAGAAGGCAACGAAACACCGAGCCUGUUGUAGAGGGCGAAGGGAGACGGGAAAACCAGUGUAGGCAACAUCGACGAAAAUGUUUCCGACAAUGUUUGUUUUUCACUUGCUCAUGUACUGUAGUUUAUAUUGAUUUAAGACUUGCUUCAGGGAAGCGGCUGCAGGAUGCGCGUCUGGAGUGAUCAUGCAUUUUUCCAUUGAAUGAAGAGCGACUUAGCCUGAAGGAGAAGAGCGCGAUUUAGCGUGUGGAAUCUAUGGACCUGGUAUGGAUGAUAUUGGGUAUGGACCUACUAGACUACACCAUUGAUGUUUUCCCGAGCGGAAGCUUCAUGUAGUCUACAACCUGGUCGUACCGAGCCCAAGGGUUGUGCGGGGGUACUCGGGAGUUGAUGCUGGUCUACCGCUCGUAAGGGUUUCGCCGCCAAUGCAAUAGAGCAACUACUGCAUUGUUCGAAAGUAGAUCUCGCUUCGGAUAUUUAGACUACUACGCUCGCUGUGGUUGUGGAUCCUUGCAGAUACACCGUAGUCACUCGUGUUUUGACCGACUCUUCAACGGAUGAUGGCGUCACGUCGCAGACGCCAGGCGUCGUGGCGCGGCUGGCCGUCGCCCCAUCCAUUCGGAUCUGUGUGUUGAUAUAUUGCGACCUACGGUCCGCUACAUGUUUAUGUGCCAUAUAUGUAUGGUACGCAUGGUACGCUAGCGCAUGUUCCAAGAGGUGCGGGCUCGUUUAAUACUUGCAACAACACUUUUGUAGUCACCCGGACAUCGGCGUUUUCGCGAUAAGCCGAGACGAUUUGAUUCCCGCUAUUUCCUUGUACGGCGAUGAUGUGCUACUCAGCAUGUGGUGUGGGGAAGUAUUCAAAACUUACAGUUCUCUUCCCGACAAUACACAGUAAAGUUGCUUUUUUUGUGUGCUUGUGAACGUCGCAUGAUCGAUUUUUAUUCGGUGCUGAGUAUUUGGUUUGAAGAUGACGUACUAUCUGGAUCCACGACUUCCCAGCUUGUGUUCCAUGCACCAUGGUGUUAUUAUUGUUCAGACAGUGGUACGCUGUGGUCGAGUAACAUUCAUUUUGGUGAAAUGCGGGACAAGGGGGGUGAUGCUGCUGUAGUCGAAUUGCAGUGUGUGGGCGUGUAGUUCAGUUGUGAGAACGAAAAAGUGCUGCAGGGAUUGUAGGUGUACCCCCUCGGGCUUGUGUACCCUUUUCUAGCCAAAAGUGUGUGUGUUCUUCAGAUCUUCUCAUGGCUCUAGCAUUUUUAUGACCACGGACCGAGUCUUUGAUAGUGUUUGGGAUUAGCAACUGACACGAGUUUAAUGUGGAGAAAAGAAACAACGAGGGUAAGUUCUUACUAAGUGGAGCAACUUGUAGUGUAGUCAGCCAGGAUGAGGUCAUAAUCCGAAGACGCGAUUUUCCCAAGAUCUCCCAGGGUGCGGCCCUCGAAUCCACCGUGGAUGACGUCACCCGUCGUCCAAGGAUCUUCGACCGUGCCCUAUUUUUUGCCGUUUGUUUUUGAAAUUCCGCCGCAGGGGGCGUUGACCAAUCAGCGAAUUGCGUGCCACUAAUGUUUUUCUCUCAUGUCUGAGUAAUACUUGGAAUUCUCGGUGGACACGGAUAGCCGGCGUCGUUGUAGGGUAUCGAGGUAGCUUGACGGAGAAUCAAAAUCCCAUCCGCGCUCCUCCCCUCUGAGUGAGCCCCAAACGAACCCAGCAGCUUUCAAUAGGGCAACAAGAGAUGAAACAACCAACUUAAAGUACCCCAAGCUAGGAGCAACGGACUUUCUGCU